CCCUGUCCCGCCUGGCCGGAGCGAAGCGAGGCUGGGGGUGUCUGUGUGCUACCUGCCGAGCCAAGGCACGCGGGGACCGAGCGCUACCUGCCGGGCUGGCCGCUCCCGCUGAGCCUCGCCCGGGCCCUGUGAGGCGGCUGCGUUCGCUGCUGGGAGCUGAGCCCCGCCGCCUGGAGCCGGGAUGUCCGCGCGGUGCUGCGCGGGCCAGUUGGCCUGUUGCUGUGGUACUGCUGCUUGCUCCCUGUGCUGCAGAUGCUGCCCCAAGAUAAAGCAAUCUACGAGCACCCGCUUCAUGUAUGCACUUUACUUCAUACUGGUAACGGUCAUCUGCUGUAUCAUGAUGUCAAGAACAGUAGCUACCAAAAUGAAAGAGCGUAUUCCUUCUUAUGAGCACAUCUGCAGAGGUAUUCAAGCAGGUGAAAAGUGUGAGAAGCUAGUGGGAUACUCUGCGGUGUAUAGGGUCUCUUUUGGAAUGGCAUCUUUCUUCUUUGUCUUCUUCUUACUCACCAUCAAAGUUAACAACAGCAAAAGCUGCCGAGCAUACAUUCACAAUGGGUUCUGGUUCAUUAAGCUUCUAGUUUUGGCAGCCAUGUGCUCAGGAGCUUUCUUCAUUCCAGAUCAAGGCACCUUCCUUAAUGCCUGGCGCUAUGUAGGUGUUGCAGGAGGAAUCCUUUUUAUACUCAUUCAGCUUAUCCUGCUUGUGGAGUUUGCACACAAAUGGAAUAAAAACUGGACGGCGGGCAUAACACGUAAUAAACUGUGGUAUGGCUUACUAGCUCUGGGCAUUCUCAUCUUGUACUCCAUUGCUGUGGGAGCCCUGAUUUUGAUGGCUGUCUUUUACACACGCUCUGAGGGCUGUACCUACAACAAGAUCCUGCUUGGUGUAAAUGGUGGCUUGUGCAUUCUUAUUUCAUUGGUAGCCAUCUCACCCUGUGUCCAAAGUCGCAAGCCACACUCUGGUUUGUUGCAGUCAGGAGUUAUCAGCUGCUAUGUCAUGUAUCUCACCUUCUCAUCUCUGUCAAGCAAACCACCAGAAACUAUCCUGGAUGAGAACCAUAAGAACAUUACAAUCUGCGUACCUGACUUUAGUCAGGGUUUGCACAGAGAUGAGAACCUGGUUACUGGAUUGGGCACUGCCCUUCUGUUUUGUUGCAUUUUAUAUUCUUGUUUGACCUCAACAACUCGUGCAAGCUCUGAAGCACUGAGAGGAGUAUAUGCAACGCCUGAAACUGAAGUAGCUCGUUGCUGCUUUUGCUGUGCACCCGAUGGAGAUGCUGACACCGAAGAGCAUGUUGAAGAAAGCGGCGGUCAGACUGUAAUUUAUGAUGAAAAGAGAGGCACAGUAUACAGCUAUGCCUACUUCCACUUCGUUUUCUUCUUGGCUUCUCUCUAUGUGAUGAUGACAGUAACUCACUGGUUCCAUUAUGAAAGUGCUGAGAUUGAAAACUUCUUCCGUGGAACCUGGUCCACCUUCUGGAUUAAGAUGGUGUCAUGUUGGGUGUGUGUCCUACUCUACCUGUGGACUCUUGUAGCACCUCUCUGCUGUCCAACCCGAGAAUUCUCAGUGUGAGAAUUCACAAGCGCUAUUCUGUUACAAAUACAUCAGUCACUUUGUGAUGGAGAAGUAAGUCUAUCAUCAGGUGUCUUCACAUGCUGGUUAGUUUCCUCUGACAAGAGGUAACUAUAGAUCUGAAGAGUUCCUCUUUUUUUAGCCCUUUUUUUAAACUAUCUGAACAAAAAUGGAGCUCCAAGUAACAAAUCUAUUCAAAGACAGUGUUGCAACACUGAUGCAGAAGGGUGGGGAAAAUAUGGGUAAUGUUACAUAAACUGGAAUAAAUAAAACAGUUGUAGAAUAACUGACAAUCUCUGAUUUUAUUGGCAAUAAGAGCAAAAUCAAACAUAGUGCAGAGUGUAUGUUUUCCUCCUGUGGGAUGUCAGAUACCUUGUAACAAAAAGAAAUGUAUUUGUUUUUAUACUUUUCAUUACUGAUGCCAUUUACAGCGAUGAUGAUGAUGAUUCAAAUUCAAACUAUCCUUUUAUACUGCACACAAGUCUUGAUUCCUGUCUCCAGAUAACUUUCUCCACAAAUGCGCCUAAAGUACUACUCGAGUAGUAGAAAACGAGUAAGCAUUUGACUGGGGUGGGAGUUGGGCAAUGUAUCUGCUCAAAGGUUUCUAAAUAUAUUAAAUUACUCAAUAUAUUAAGUUAUUACAAAUAUGGAAUGAUAGAGAAAUGUACCAAUGGCAAUAUAAAUAUUUAUUAUGUAAACCAAAAGGCACCUUUUAAGUACAAUUGAUCAUAUGAAGCGCUAGGACACAUAUAUCUGAAAUAUUCAGAGAUGCUAAAUAUUGUAUAAGGAAAUGCUGUUAAUAUAUAAUCUGUCUUUUAAAUUCAAAUUUCUACAGAUGCUAAAUAGUUGUGUAAUUCAGAAGAGACCCAAUUAUCAGCAAAAUGUGAAUGCUGCAUGUGUAGUUUAAACUAUCCUAAUGGAACUCUCAAGGGAUUUGUUUUGCAAGCAGUAACUGAAUGCAAACUGCCCAGUCCAUACAGGGAUAUUAUGCAGGGUACAUUCUUUAUUAAAGAAAAAUUACAUGUGCCACACCAACAAAGGAGAUUCUUAACAAAUACAGGGAAACAUUGCUCAGUGUCUUUAACCUUAAAAGUGAGUGCUGAGCAUUAUUUUUGUCCUCAACAUUUUUACCCACAUUUAGAGGUUUCCCUCAGACUUCAACCUAAAAUUUUCACUGCUAAUUUGCUAAUACUUUAAAGCUGGGAUAUGGCUAGGAAAGGAACUAUGUACAAUGGCAUCACUUUAUUCAAUAUGUCAGCUUCUUGGGUAUUUAGAGUUGUGCACUUUUGGGGAGAUAAUUAUUUUUCUACUUCUUUACUCCAGCUAGCUAUAAUAGCACAGCAGUACUUUGAGAGUGUGAGCGAAAUUCUAUUCUGGUGACACAUCAACAGAUUGGCCAGUUAAUAUCCAUGUGGAAAAUCUUCCAAGCAAGUUAAAUGAUUUUUUAAUAUGAAUGGAAUAAACAUGGUCAGGAGAUUUCUGAGCCAAUAAACAUGAACGCUUCAUUGCCACGAUUAGUUAGUUUUCCUGGUUAGAACUACUCUUUAAAUAUAUCAGUUAUUCAGUAGGUAAAUAAAAAGAAAACUAAUAUGAACCCUUCUGAAUUUCAGUAGAUUUGAAACUAACCUAUUCAUACCAGUUUGUCAAAUUAAAAUAAAAAGAAAGAGAGAAAACUAUCCACUUUUUGAUAUGCUGUCUGUUGAACCACAAAAAGUUAGUGAGCUUUACAUCUCUGCUGGCCAGAAGAAGGGAAUGGGUGAGAGGGGAUGGAUCACUUGAUGUUACCUGUUCUGUUUAUUCCCUCUGAAGCACCUGGCAUUGGCCACCAUUGGAAGACAGGAUACUGGGCAAGAUGGACCUUUGAUCUGACCCGGUAUGACGUUUCUAUGUUCUUCAUCCUUUUACUUGGACCCUUUCUUUAAUCUGCAAGAAUUCAAUUCCUAAUGUGUUAAAAGAAAAAACCCCACACAAUCCUGAUGCAAAUAGAUGGUCUGUUAACACAUUAUCAUGCCUUCAUUGUUCUGUAUUGCAGUAAUUAUGGUAGUUCUAUUACUCCCAUAUUACUAUGAUAGAUUUGUUCUGUUAAUGCUAUCUCUAGUACUUCUAACAUGCAUAUCACUGGCAUCUGUGCACUGAGGGGUGAGAUGGAGAAUUCUGGUUCCUGACUUUACAGGAGUUAGAUGCAGAUUUUUAUAUCCAGGGUAUAGAUACCCUCUUUCGUCAGCUUAUUGUUUGACUUUUCUGUUCUCCCAGGUCAUUUCCCAAACAACCCUUACAAAAAGCUAGCUUCCAGUAUUGCAUUUUAACAACUCAGUAAAACAGUUUGCUUAAUGCUAAGAACCAUCAUUGAAAUAAAGAGCAGAAAUAAACCUUUCCGCUAUGCUACUGGGGGAAGGAAAUGGGUGCUCCUGAGCCUCCUAAAGACCUCUCAGGUAAAAGGUUUCUGGGCUUUCUCCUUGGAGCCAGAGCGGCAGGAAGCGACUGUCUCAUUCUGGGGUCUGAGUUGAACUGAUAUGGCUCUGCAAGAGUUGAAUUACUCCCAAACCCUGCACAUCCUCCUUCUCACGCAAACUCUGCAGAGUUUGCAAAAUCCUAUAAACUUUAUGCUACUAACCCCACUGUUCCCAGGGGCUUAGAUAUCCAUCAGAAUCCCCUCUGUUGAAAAACUGAUGUGUGGGUUUCUUUGGUAUGGCCACGAAUCUUUCCACAUUCUCUCUCACCCACACCCCAACACCACUUCAGCUUAAAUAAGUUUUGCUAUUACGUUACGAAGGUGAACAAAUAGUUUUCUGGGUUUUGAUUGAUUGAUUAUGCUUCCAUUAGGAAGGCUGUGAUCCUGCAUGGAGACCUCACACCUGUUUUAGAGUCCCAUUGAAAUCUGAAAUAAAGCAAGAAAGAGGACCAUGAGAUAACUAGGGGUCAUCUUGCCAAAUUGUAAUGUUUACUGUAAGAAGAACAGGAAAAGCUACAGCAUCAGGCAAAUUGUAUAGAACAUUCAGAUUCAUUGUAAUUUUUCUUUAAAAAAUGUAUUUUUUCAAAUGAGAAGAAAUUAUUGCUAGUGUUUAGCCAAUCAAGAGAGCUAAUAAGCAAACUUGGAUUUUCGAUUUCUGAUUUGUAUAGUUAUAGGUUUUUCAAACUGGUUUGAAUUGGUUUUAGGACUCUGAACCACAAUCGAGGUACAGUCCAGAAAAUCUGAGUGAAAUUCCCUAAUCUUCAAAUAUCUGUAAGUGUAGUAUUGAGGUGUCAUAUACAUCUAUGGUAUGAAAAACAAGUGGAUUAAAAUACUAAUGUUUUUGAGAUUGUUAUGGCUUUACUCCUUCAGGUAUCUUUUAAAAUAUUUAUUGGCCAAGGCAUCCACUAAUAGUGACUCUAUGCAUAGGCAAUAUCUCUAUACAAAAAAAUCCUUAUGUACAUACUGCAUGCUCAUUUUAGUUCAGUGUAUAUAGGGCAUUAACUAUUUUGCACGGAGGAAAUGAUGGUCGCAUAAGGAAAGAAGAGGCACCAAUCUUUCUUCCUCCUCCAGCACUUGCUUCCCUGAGUUCACCACCCAGGCCCAUCUCACAAAGUACAUGUGCACAGGGUUUGCAGAAUUUGGGUAGGAUGCAGAGGGAGCAGUGGAGGAUGACUCUACACUGCAUUAUCCCACUCCAAACUAACAUUGUGUGAGCCAUGUUACCAGGAGAAGGCCCAGAGAGUAACUUGCGGGGGUUGUCCCUUUAUACAGAUGUCUAAGAUCCAUUUGGCUCACUGGACAUCUGUGCAGAUGGAAGCUGUGCCUGUUUCCCCCGGCUGGAGAAGAUGACAUCUCCUUGAGUGUAGGCCCAUGGAGUUUCCUCAGUGAUACAUUCCUUCCUGCAGGCCAGGAGAAUAUUAGGGUCCUUUCUGUAGUUUUUUAAAAAAAAAACACUUUACUGUGAACUUCCUGUUGACAGCUAUUUGUGUGGUUUCUAAAGUCACCUGUCAGUCUGUCACAAUUCAGGAUAUCCAGUUCAUUGGUCAUUAUCUGCUCAGGUAAACAUGCAUUUUUAGAAGUGCCUAUUAUACAUACCUCUGCCAUAAAUAAUAAUUCAGUUGAGACUGAAACUGGAAGAACUGAACUGAGCCUAUGAUUCAGUGGUGUUGCCUCAUACAUCACCUCUGACCUUAAGAUGCACUAAUACUUACUGUGCAUAUGAAAGACUCCUGGUUUUUUGAAUCUAUACUUGUCAAACAUCUGUUGUAGGAUUCUGAUGCAGGCUACUGCUCUGCAGUGAUCAGGAAUAAGAGAUGCUCUGGAAAGACUUUUUAAAGGAUGGAAUGAGAGGUCUCUAGUGUCUAAUGCUUCAGUGUUAUAAAAUGCUUGUCAUUAGUCAUGUAUUAGGACAAUAGCUAAAUAAAUAAGAGCAGAACUUUCUCCCCAUGCAUUUAUUGUGUAAGCUAGAUAACUGUACCCACUUGAUCUUGCCUGACAUCUGGUAGACACCCAGUGCUCUCUUUUGCCCUGGCACGUGCCUUGUAUAUAUCUUUGUUCUUUUGACUUAUUGUGGAACUUAAAUGGGUUGUGUUAGUCUCAAGAUUCUUGCAAAUUUUAAAAGGGAAAGCUACCUACUUUCACAAGGAGCUUCUCCACCUCUGAGAAUGGGGAGCAUAUUACUGUUAAUGGGCAAAACCCAUUCUUCCUUUGUUCCUCCUUCCAGAAGUCCAUUCCAGUUUAAUUUGUAUUUAAAUUAAAAGGCUGGCUCAAGUCUUAUUUCAAGAAGGCCUCUUGUAUUGGAGGAAACAUGGUUUUGCUUUGCAGUAAGCUUGUGUUGUUUUGUUGAGGUUUCCCUCUACUUCAAAUACUAUACUGGAUCUGAAUAUUUUUUUUCUUCCUUCCUGGUGCAUUGAUUGGAAAUAAAGUGCUGCUGGGGACUAAACUUUUGCAUAAUGGUGCUAAUGCUUUCCUGAGCGGAGCAAUCUGUCACAGUUUCAGAGUUCGCACCUCUGCUUGAGCCUGCAGCAAACUUCCAUUCCUUUGUGUCAGGAAUGACCAUGAAAACAAUUGUGGGAGCCCAAAUUCACUCCAAUUAGAAGCCAAGGUGACAUUGGAGAGAGCAAGCCUCCGAACCCAAAUACCUGGAUUAGCAAAUGAGGCCAGAAAAACUUAUAAGGACCAAGUGAAAGGCAAAUGGACUUGUCUGUGCUCCAUUUCACACAGUGUGAUAGUUCCUCAAAGUAUUCAGGCUCCAUGAGCAGGUGGAUGCCAGGAAAUGUAAAUGUAAAUUGUGCUCACAUUUGAAAGGACCACACCAUUUUAUAUGCUAAGCUUUGAACUCUUUAAAUCACUUCAGGCUUCAAUAAUUUCAAUUGAAAUUUGGAUUGGCUUUUUGAAAAUAUUAAGUCAAUUAUGUACCCAUUUAAUUUUGUUAAAGGUUUACUGUGGUGGUCUGGAUUUUCACGUAUACCCAUCAAGGAACUAAAACAGUGGAGAGCGAUUAAGAUGAAUCACUCCGGUUGCAGACACCUCUGGAGAGGUACCAACCCCUAGGGAUGUUUGCAUGCACUGGUUCAAACUGGGUUCCCAGAGACCAACAGACACAGGGCUUUUGGCAUAAAAAAAUCUGAGUUUAAAUUGACACAGGGCCUUUCUAAUCCAGAAAACAAAGACUGCCCAAUCCUCGCAGAAAGGUUGGAGAAAUCUUGUCUUAAUAGGACCCCAACAAGACUACUGGUGACCUCUGGAAAGUUGUUAGCAUGUGUAUAGGAGUGUUUAUUGGUUUUGUAUGUUUUCUCUGUAAUGCUUUUACCCUAAGAAUAAAUGUGCUUUGCUUUAUGAAGGAUGGCUGAUAACACUGUUGUAGCCCUUGUAGAAAGGUUAACUGGUCAGAUCUGCUGGGGAAAUCAGUGUGAUGCAGAGGGAAGAACUCCAAACCUAACUUCCCAGUCUGGAUGGAAAGUGACAUCAUUGUCCAUGGAAGGUGACAGCUGGAAGUUUGAGACUCUAAGCUGGUGCCCUUGAGGAAGACUAGGGGUGGGGAGGAGCAUUUAACUCUGAAACUGUGACAGAUCGCUCCGCUCAGGAAAGCAUUAGCACCGUUAUGCAAAAGUUUAGUCCCUAGCACCACUUUAUUUCCAAUCAAUGCACCAGGAGAAUGUAGGCAAUCAGAAUGUAAUUACCCUGCUUCUAACUUGGCACGGACACCAGGGCUACCAGAAUAUUUCAAAAACUGACUGGAAGCUUUAAUCAGAUCGGUAACAAAACAGUCCACUCACUUUCCUAAUUAUUUCUAACACUCUAAGCUAUUUGGUUUUUCUCCAAAACAAGAUUGUAGAACAAAUUAUUGGGAGACCUUGUAUGCAUCUAUCAUAUGGUAAACUAGCAAAGUUAUUAGCAACUGAGGCUUGAUAGUGGUUACAAUGUCCUCACAGUAGUCUUAAUUUUUGGUCUCCAGAAAUAUUUGCCUCUCUUCCUCAGUCUGUGGAUCCUUGUUUUAAGUUUCUUAAUUUGUACCUGGUGAUCUCUUUUCUCUUUGGGACUUGAAAGCAAAAUGGGGAUCAGUUCUAGUAUUCAAAACAGCAGAACCACCUACUUUUUGCCUCCAUGCUAAAAUUAUCUUUGAUCUCUGUAAAGCAGAAUCUAGCCCUUGUGCUCCUGAAGGAGGAACAUGAAUCAUGAAUGCACUGGAAUUUUAUUCUCUUAAUAUUCUGGUUUUUAAAGUAUUGUGUAAACAUUAUCUACACUGGUGCUUCACUUGCCUCUGUAAAAGGGAAUGCUAGGGACCAUACAUUUUAAAGGCCUUGACUUUUUUUUAAUAUUUCUGACUCCCAACCUUCCAAUCCCUUGUUAAUAUGCAUUAUUGUAUUUCCCGCAUCUGAAAUGGAAAUGCCCAGAAAUGAGGCAUCUCUCUAUAUCACAGGUAUGUCUGUUGGAACCAGAACCCUUGGUUUCGAUUAGUGAGGACUGUCAUGAUUCAAUCUCUAACAUGGGAGGAGGCUUUCUAGCUUAGAAGUAGAUCUUAAACCCACUAACCUUACUAAUAGUUAUGGUUUUUAAUGUGACUUAAAGCUGUUCCACAUCUGUCAGUGUAUUAUAAAACACAUAGUUUGAAGUUAUUUCAAACAUAUUGACUUAUUUCCUCAAGUUGUUUUUUCCUGCUCUAACUGCUGUAGAUCAUAAGCCAUUUGCACAAAUCUCUUAACAACUGUUGUUGCGAGUCUUGAAAUCUUUUCAGCAUUUUAACAAGGCUUUAGAAGUUCUGAUAAGUCAAAGCUGGGGGGGGUGCAGACCUGUAGUUGUGUGUUUGCCAAAGAAUUCUCAAUCUGAAGCCUAGACGAAUAUUGGAAAAUGAUAAGGAAAUCAUGUAAUGUUACUCAUACCUUAAUUUUAUUUUUCUCCUAAUGAAAUUUAUCCAGAUGCGUAGAUGCUACUGGGCAGUAUUUGUGAGCCUGGUGUGAAGAAAAUUAAUUUGUUAGAGAUACUUUCAGCUUGAGCCUCAUACCAACAUUUAGAAUAUAAAACUCCAGAAAAUAUUUACAGGAAAUGUAAUAAGGUCCAUUGUACUGCUUUAGUUAGCACAAAUUAAAGUUUAAUUUUCCAUGCCAUUUCCAAAACUGGGAUGCAAAAUAUCCAAAACUUAAGCAUUCUAAAAUGUUUUUUUAAAAAAUGUUUAGUCUUUUUUUAAAAGUUCUUUUUAAUAAUAAAAUUUCAAAUAAGCUUUUUUAUCUCUUGGUGUACUUUUUAAAAAAAAAAUUGUAUUCCAAUAACAUGGAUGUUUGCUAGUUUAAGCUUAUUUAACUAUUUGUGAAUAUUAUGAUCUGUAGCAACUUUAAGACUGUUUUGAAGUUUGAGCUGUUAAAAAUUUCAGAAUUUAAAAACAAUUUCUUAAUUGUAAAAUCAGCUGUAAAGUUUUGUCUUUUUAAAGCAUGUUAAUGGGUUUUCAAGAAACAUUUUUUAUAUGUUGAGUGUAAGCUGUUGUACUUUUAAUGCUUAUUAGACCAAUAAAGUUCUGCCUGUUUG